AUGCGGAGGCGCAAUAAUUGGGCUAAUGCGGGGGCGCCCAGCGGGAGUACUUACGGCCAAGAUUAUAAGUUGCACGCGCUUCGCUUAGCAGAGAACAAUCGUUCGUCAACUCAAGUUAAUGGAAGUUUUGGUGCAGCAGUCAAUAACGAGGAUGAUAAAUCGUUAACCAGGAUUGUAGGCGGACAGGAUGCCAAACAAGGAUCUGCUCCGUAUCAGGUUUCUUUGCAAUCAUUAUUUGGACAUAACUGUGGAGGAGCUAUCAUUGAAAAACGAUGGGUGUUAACUGCUGCACAUUGUAUUGCAGGCCGUAAACCAUCGGACCUAAAAGUGCUGGUUGGAACAAAUAACCUCAACGAAGGCGGCACAAGCUUGAAGGUGGACCUCCUCAUACAUCAUAGCCGAUACAACAAACCUGCAUACCACAACGACAUUGGCUUGGUGCGGUUGUCAUCGAAUUUGAACUUUAGCGAGCUCAUUUCUCCUAUUGAAUAUUCGGAAAAGUUCGUUCCCGACAAUGCCACCAUUACGCUAACCGGCUGGGGACGACUUUCAGCUGGCGGAGUGGCUCCUAACAAACUGCAGACCAUUGAUUUGCUCAAUGUGGAUCACGAUCGCUGCAAAAAGCUACACGGUGAUGAUCCUAAUGUAGACAUCGGUCAUCUGUGCACGUUUACUAAGAGGGGCGAGGGAGCAUGUAACGGUGACUCUGGAGGUCCACUAACAUGGGAUGGAAAGUUAGUCGGGCUCGUUAACUGGGGCAUACCCUGCGGCCGUGGCUAUCCCGAUGCGCAUGCCAGAAUUUCUUACUAUCACGAGUGGAUUCGUACAAACGUUGCCAAUAAUAGCGAGUGA